UUAGGACAUCAGUGCUUUAGUUACUACAUGGGUGUUCCUGAUCAAGAGAGAGCUUCUUGAGUUACAAAAGUUUUACUGUUCAAUAUGUGUUUUUCUUUUAAGAUUCUCACUACCUACUCUAUGAUUGGUGAUGUCUGGCCAAAAAGUCUCUCUUUUUCUCUCUCUCUAAAGUUUCUGCUAGUAUGAUUGUUGAUGGGGGUAUGAAGAUGACAAAGAACAUGUCACUUCAACUCCCAAAAAGUGGUCCUCUCUUAAUUGAUAGUUUCACCACUCACCUCUUUCCCUUGCCCUACACCACAUUCUGCUCUUCUCUCUCCUUUUUAUCUUUUGCUCCAAACCAGUCUCUUGCCCCCCAGAAAAUUAGAACAAUUCAGUAAUGAUUUAAUUCAUUAUUCCCCAAACAUUUCCACUCUGGUUUUGAAUAACAUCAUUGGGCAACUAUGUCGACGGGAUCAGCUGUUUGGACCAAAGAAGAAGAUAAAGCAUUUGAAAAUGCUAUAGCCACGCAUUGGGGUGAAGAAUUGGAAGGGAGUAAGGGGUCAGAAGAGAUGUGGGAAAAGAUUGCUUCCAUGGUUCCAAGUAAGAACAUGGAAGACUUGAAGCAGCACUAUCAAAUGCUGGUGGACGAUGUUGGUGCUAUUGAGGCAGGCCAAAUUCCUAUUCCUAACUAUGCUUCUUCUGUUGGAGAAGAAACUGCUUCCACUAAGGAGAAGGAUCAUCAUCUUCAUCCUCACGGAGCUUCUGAUAGUAAUAAAAGACCAAAUUCUGGUUUUGGAAGUGGGUUUUCUGGGCUCUCCCACGACUCGUCUGCCCACGCCACAAAGGGUGGAUCCAGGUCUGAGCAAGAAAGAAGGAAAGGAAUCCCAUGGACAGAGGAAGAACACAGGUUAUUUCUACUGGGUCUAGAUAAGUUUGGGAAAGGGGAUUGGAGAAGCAUUUCAAGAAACUUCGUUAUAUCCCGAACACCGACUCAAGUGGCCAGUCAUGCACAGAAGUACUUCAUACGAUUGAACUCAAUGAACAGAGAUAGAAGACGAUCAAGUAUUCAUGACAUAACCUCAGUUAAUAAUGGCGGUGGUGGCGAUGUCAUGUCCCAUCAAGCUCCGAUCACUGGCCACCAGACAAACGGCACGAACCAGAGUAAUCCGCCGGCUUUGGGACCGCCAGGGAAGCACCGGCCUCAACAGCAUCUGCCCGGAAUAGGCAUGUACGGAGCACCUGUUGGGCAACCAGUGGCAGCUCCUCCAGGGCACAUAGCAUCAGCGGUUGGCACUCCAGUGAUGCUUCCUCAAGGAAUCCAUCCCCAUCCUCCAUAUGUUAUGCCAGUUGCUUAUCCAAUGGCACCUCCACCAAUGCACCAAUGACAAUUAUUUUUUCUUCUUCUUUCUUCUCCCCUUCCUAGACAGAUUUUUGGAUUCGUGAAUCAUAAUAAGAAGUUUGAGGCAUAACAAAGAAGAGCAAAGGGUAAAGUUCACUUUUCAA